CUGUGAUUGAGGUUUGUUGUAUAUUUACCAUACACUCAGAAUUUUUAUAAAAAUCAUGUCAAAACAGAGACCGGACCCACGGUUGUCAGUGCCCUACGGUAGACCGAUCACUCGGCAUACGGAGGACCAUUCACUAGUUGAACUUGACUGCAGUGAGCUGGAUCCGACCAAAAAAAUGACUAAAGCUGAGGUCGAGCUUUUCUUGGUCCAGCCAAAAGCCAUGUUCAUUGACAGAGGACAGCCCCUCAGACCCCCAGUUCCUGUCAAUGAAGAAGCUUUGAGAGAAUUUAUAAACGAUAUUAUCGACGUCUCUAUAGAGGAGCUAGUAUAUGGACCUGAGGCAAACAGAAUUGCUGAUGCUGACAUCAAAUCAGCAUUCUUCAAUGCUACAAACAUUGACUGGGGGAAGAAGGUACUGACGAAGAGAAAAAAAAAAAAUGUUUUGAAGAGAGCUCUGCAAUUCUGUUGUUGUUGCCUGGGAGUUUGA